AUGACUACUGAAAGGCAAAAGAAGAGAAAGAUUUUAGGGGAAUAUGUUAUACCCGAUUCCUUGAAAGAGGAACUUAAUAAGGAAUAUGCAACGCUUGAUUCAAUGUCCGAAGAUACAUCAAUUCGUGGACUCAAUAAGAAUGACUAUCAACAGAGGAAGUAUAAUAGAGUAGUAGAUCUUGAUCUUGACAAUAUAAAGUCUUACAAAGAGAUAAUGUAUGAAAGAGAAUUCGAAAGAGAAGAGGUUCGAGUAAAUAAACUAAUACAACAGAAAGAGGAAGAUGAUGGUGAUAAAGGGCAAAAGAAGAUUAAUGGAAAUGAUAGACCAAGGAAACGUAAGAAAAGAUGGGAUGUAGGACCACAAGAGUAUGAAGUAUUAAAUUCAAAAGAAAAUAUUGAGGAGAGAGAUAUACUGAUUCGAAAUGUGCCUAUAAUUAAUGGAAUUCCCUUAACUGAUGCAGUUUUGAAAAAGUUACUCCCUCCUGGCUACAGGAUUUUAGAUCCUCCUCAAGGUUACAUCCCCAAUGAUAUAAAACAGGCGCCGGACAUUACUCAAAUUCCUGGAGAUUUCUAUCUUCCACCGGCAUCAAAUGGCAUUCUAGAUCAAAAAUCGAUGGUGAAACAGCUAGCCCCAGAAAUACCUAUAACAGGAAUUCAGUAUUUUAAAGAAGAAGAUGCGAAAUACUUUGGUCAGCUCAUUAAUCCAAAUAAGUCUGAUAACAAGUCUGCUGAAGAGAAAAUGGAGAUAAAGGCCUUGGGGCUUCUACUUAGAAUAAAAAAUGGAUCUCAAUCUGCUCGAAAAAAGGCGAUGCGUCAACUAACAGACAAUGCAAAAAAAUUUGGACCAAAAGUGUUAUUGAAUAAAAUAUUACCAAUAUUGAUAGAACCAAAUUUGGAUGACCAGGAAAGACAUUUAUUAGUCAAGUUGAUUGGAAGACUAUUAUUUCAACUCGAUGAUCUAAUCAGGCCUUACACGCAUAAGAUUUUGUUUGUUAUUUCUCCCCUUUUGAUAGAUGAAGAUUUCUCGAUAAGAUUGGAAGCAAGAGAUAUUGUUUCGAGCUUAUCAAAGGCUGCUGGCUUGGCUGAUAUGAUUUCAAGUUUGAGACCAGAUAUUGAUCAUGUGGAUGAAUAUGUCAGAAACAUAACUUCUCGAGUCUUUGCAAUAGUUGCAAAUACAUUAGGGUUAGUCAACUUUCUUCCAUUUUUGAAGGCAGUCAUCAAGUCAAAGAAGAAUUGGAUGGCAAGACACACUGGUAUCAAAAUUGUACAACAACUUUGUGUGCUCUUAGGAAGAGGAAAUGGGAAUUCAAUACUCCCAUUUUUGACACAAAUUGUUGAAGUUAUGAAGCCUGGAUUGACUGAUGAAAUGUUACAAGUGCGUACAAUGACUGCUUUAACUAUUUCUCAAUUAGCUGACAAUGUAAAGCCAUACGGAAUUGAAUCAUUUGAGCCGAUAUUAGAACCUGCCUGGCUAGGUUUGAAAAGACAUAGGGGAAAGGGAUUAGCAAGCUUCCUUAAAUGCAUUGGUUCGGUGAUCAACUUGAUGACCUAUGAUCCUAAUUAUGAAGAAUAUUCAAGUUAUUAUACAAACGAAAUAAUGCUAGUUAUAAGAAGAGAGUUCAAUUCACCAGAUGAUGAUAUGAAGAAGACGAUUUUAAGGGUUAUUCUGGACUUACCAUUGUCGAGACAGCUUUUCAGGAAUUAUCAAAAUGACAUUAUUAAACCAUUCCUCAAAAGCUUUUGGAAUAGAAGAGUUGCAUCAGACUCACAGCAGCUCGCUAAAAAUGUGGUUGAGUGCACGUCAACUCUAGCUGUUAAGCUAGAUUAUUUUACAAUUUUAGACAAUGUCAUUACUUUCACUAAGGAUGAAAAUGAAUCUUUAAGACGAAUGGCGAUUGAGACGAUAAAUAAAAUGAUAACAACCGGCUCCGAAAAUCUCAUAGGUCUAGAUUCCCAAACUGAGACUAAGUUAAUUGACGGAGUCUUAUUUGCAUUUCAAGAACAGACAAUACAGCAUAAGAUAUAUCUACAAACUUUUGGAACUGUCUCGAACUCUCUUGGAGUCAAACUAAAGCCGCAUCUUAAUUCCAUUAUAAGUACCAUACUUUACCGAUUAAAGAACAAACUUCCAGAAGUGAGACAACAGUCAUCAGAUCUCAUUAGUAUAAUAGCUCCCACCGUCAGAAAGUGCUCCGAAGAUAACGAUACAGUUUUGACUACUUUAAUUUUAGUAUUAUAUGAGCUGUUAGGUGAAGUGUAUCCUGAUGUUUUGGGUUCUAUUAUUAAUGCUUUAUUCUCUUGUAUCAACAGUGUUGAUCCUGUCACGUUAUAUACGAUGUCAAAUCCAUCUGUUAAUCAAUUAUUACCCACCUUAACUCCAAUUUUAAAGAAUAGACAUGACAAAGUCCAAGAGGCAUGCAUUAAACUUGUCGGAUUGAUAGCACAAAAAAAUUCUGAAACUAUCAACGCAAAAGAGUGGAUGCGUAUCUGCUUUGAGCUUUUAGAUAUGUUGAAGUCACCUAAGAAAAGGAUCAGGAUCGCAACGAAUGAUACUUUUGGAUUCAUUGCAAAAACGAUUGGUCCCCAAGACGUACUUGUAAUGCUCUUGAAUAACUUGCGAGUUCAAGAAAGACAGUUAAGAGUAUGUACAGCAGUUGCGAUUGGAAUUGUUGCAGAGACUUGUGCACCCUUCACGGUUUUGCCUGCUUUAAUGAAUGAGUACAGGAUUCCAGAGAAGAAUGUUCAAAAUGGUGUUUUGAAAGCCCUUAGUUUCUUAUUUGAGUAUAUCGACGGAACUAUGACCAAAGAUUACCUAUUUGCCGUCACUCCUUUAAUUGAAGAUGCCUUAACAGACAGAGAUCAGGUUCACAGGCAAACAGCGGCUACCGUUAUUAGGCAUAUGGCAAUCAAUUGUGUGGGCUUGACGAACGACGAUUACUAUGACGUAUUUGUUCACUUUUUAAACUUGUUGUUGCCCAAUAUUUAUGAGACCUCUCCUCAUGUGAUCAGUAGAAUUUUGGAGAGUAUAGAGGCACUUAGGGUUGUUCUAGGAAUUGGAAGUUUUUCAAACUACAUUUGGAGUGGAUUAUUUCAUCCUGCAAGAAAAGUACGCAGUCCUUAUUGGAAGAUGUUCAAUUCUGCGUACGUUCAGAGCAGCGACUCUAUUGUACCCUAUUAUCCCAGGAUAGAUUACUUAGCCGACAGUCCAAAUGAAGACUACAGGAUUGAAGAACUAGAUAUCUAUCUUUAG